AUGCCGUCGCCAUCAUAUCCUAUAUUGGCACGCACUUCCAGAAUCAGCUGCAGCAGUGCGCCUCGCUUGCUCCAGCUCACGCAGACGGCGCGCCAUCUGCAAUCAACACACCACCACCCCCAGACCACCAAACACACAAACCUCGAAGUCGAGCGCAAGUUCCAGCCAACGGCGACCUCUCUCCAUUUGCUAGCCAACAACGCAGGAAGCCCAAAAUUCACCUCGCUGGAGCGUAAUCCAACCUCGGGCCGCCGGAUCGAGGAUCUCUACUUCGACACGCCAUCACUCGUUCUGAUGAAUCAGGGCAUCUACGUCCGCCGCAGAAAUGGGUGCCUGGAGGCCAAGCUGCGUGUGGGAGGCGAUUACGUCAGGUCCGCAUUUAGCGAGACGAGGGAUGCAGCAGAGAUCUUAGCUGCGAUUGCUCGACAUGUGCCUCAGGUAGUCUGUCUGGACGAGAAGGGCGGCAAGAACGAGAAAGAGAGCCUGGAAAGCCUACUACGAGGCCGAGGAAGCGUCGUAAAGCAGGUCGCGGGGUUUGUGACUGUGCGCAGCGAGUAUACGGCCAACGGCAGGUUUUCUAUCGUCAUUGACGAGAUGGACUUUGGGCACAGGGUCGGAGAGGUUGAACUGGAGAGGCAUGUCGCGUCGCUCGAUGGGGAAGACCAUCAUGCACAGGCUGAGGCUCAGGCUGAGGCUGCUACACAGAUGGGAAAGGAGAUUGAUGGAUUUAUGAGGGUCUACUCGUGGGCUUUCCCGGCUGGUGAAGAUCCGGUGGGCAAGUUGGCGGCGUAUUUCUCACGGGGACGAGACGGUCAUCUUUGA